CAAACAAAGUUUUCUAACCUCACUUGUCAGUUCGUAGGAAGAUACUGAUUUUGUUUUAUGUUUGUCUUUAAAUUAAAGUGUAACCUUCAAAAAUAUGACACAGCGGCUGAAAUCAUAUCCAAAUGCUGUAAAUUUGGAAACUAUAGCAUGUGAAAAGUAUAUGUCAAGACUUUUACAAAGAGAGAAAGUAAGUAUGCCACCCGCAAAGUCUGGCCCGGCAUUUUUAACUUCACAUAAAUACAAGGAAAAAGUGGUAAAACAAACUCCAAUUACACCGGCUAUUCAAAAUCAACUCAGUAGAGUUAGACCAAAUGUGAAACAACAAAAUUUACCUUCUCCCAAUCCGGAACAAAGUCAAGCAAGUGAUGACUUUCAGUUUACUGAUGAUUCAGCUUUAGUUCAAGUUACAGUUAAAACAACAAAUCCUAGGCAAAGAUCAAGAUCAACAGUAGCCAACGGAGAGCCUUGGGGUCAACUCUUAAAGCAACAGAAAAGUAGCGACAAAGUUUCAGUGUUUAGUAAUUUUGAUCCAUUAAGGACUUUACAUUUUCUCGCAAAAGAGUUGCAGUUUCAAUUGCAGGCACUUUUACCUGAUGACAAUACAGUACAACAAAUGGUUGCCGAUAUGCAAAGUGCGCUAAAAAGGGUUCCCCCUGAAAUUGCAUCAACAAUCCAUUUGCAACAAGCUAUAGAUUUACUACCUAAGAGGAGUUCAAGAUCUUUGCACGAUGAAAGACCGGAGAAAUUGAAAGCAAACUUAUCUGAAAAAGCUGUACAAACUCUUCCAACUACAGAACAUGAAGAAUACGAAAAAUUGCAAAAAGUAAUGGAAGACAGUACGGUAAAACUUGAAGCUAGUUGCAGACAAAUGGAAACUUUGUGUGAGCAAUUGAGGUUUGAGAAAAUAAACCUCGAGAAGCAGUUACAGGUGGAACAAAAUAGUGUGAUAUUUUUCAAAAAGAAGUUGGAAGAUCUUGAGUUUGAAAAUAAAGACAUAUUAAACCCAAGAAUAAAAAAAUUAGAAGAAGAAAAACAUAAGUUGGAAUCUAAAUUGGACGAACUAAAAAAGAAAAUAGAAGCUCAGCCAGCUGUACCGACGCCUGAAGUAAAAUCCUUAAUGAGUGAACUGAAAAAUUCUAAAGCAGCUGUUGAACAAGAAUGUUCCAAAGUAAAACACCAGUUGAGGCUAUGUGCGAUAGAAAAAGAAAAAUAUAUAGCCGUCUUAGCUGUUCGAGAUCGUCAGAUAAGUGAGAUAAGGAAUGAAAUGACACAACUUCAGGAAGUCGUAAAUGAGCAGUUGAUGGAAUUGCAUAAUAACGCCUUCCAAAGGAUGCCAAGCAACAGUAGUAUUGCAGUAAAUCCUGUACAUACUUGGAUCGUGAAUCAAAAUAAAGAAAAUGUUGGCGAUACAGGUGAUGUUACCCUAUCAACUAUUCAUAGUAACGAUGAUGAAUUUCAUCAGUACUACAUACGGAAACCUUCCCCUAAAGACUUACCUUCUGGAGAUAAAUGUGGUGCGCCACAUAUUUUACAGGAAGUGCCAGAAAAUUGUUAUGAAAAAAAAAUGGAACAUCCAAAGGAUAAGAGAUGUCAACACUCAAGAUUGCCGGAGUCACCUUCAUUUUUGGAUAGACCUGAUUCUCAAGUUAGUAUUAGAAAUAUGUUCAAUGAACUAAAAAAGACAGCGUAUGCAAUAGGAAAUGUUUCCCAUAAAUCCAGUCAACAAAAUGUAAAUAAUAAUAGGCAAUAAUUUGUUUUUUCUUGUUUUCAAAUUUUACUGGUUUUUUGACA